AUGACUGUCUACACUAUGGUUACCACUGACCUCCCAGUCAUCGACCUCGAUGUCUAUCGCACACAGCCUCGCGAUUCUCAGGCCGUUCUCGACGAAUGCAAGAAGGCAAGCUGUCAUCAGCCUAUUGCUGCAGAUGCGCUGAUUACCUAUGGUGCCCUCGUCCUCCACGAUUCUCGGGUUUCUGAGGAAGACAACAACACCUUCCUCGAUCUCGUCGAGGACUAUUUCAACCAACCCGAUGAAGCCCUCAGGAAAGACGAGAGACCAGAACUCAGCUAUCAGGUUGGCGUAACCCUCGAGAACACCGAAAAGCCUAAAUGUGCAGUGCACGAACCAUGCUUGCAUGUUAUCCAGCGUUUGGAUCCUUCCGAGCGUCCUCUCGAUAUCACCGGCCACUCUCCUGAUCCCAAAUGUCGCUUCUUCUGGAAAAUGAGCGAGAAGCCUCCAUACGAGACACAGUUCCCGGGUUUGAAUGCCCCGAACGUGGUCCCCGAGGCGGAGUCCCUCAAGCACCGAUGGACACCUACCAUGGAGAAGUGGGGUAACGCCAUGAAGAAUGCCGUUGCAGAUCUUACCGAGAUGGUCGCACUAGGCCUGGGUCUCCCUGCUCUCACUUUCAGGGACAAGGGCCGAUAUGGGCCCCACCUCCUCGCCCCCACCGCAUCGGAUUUGAGGAAGCAUGGCAAGAAGGACGCUAUCUUGGCAGGGUUCCAUACCGACCUCAACUUCCUCACCAUCCACGGCCGUUCGCGCUACCCUGGCCUGAACAUCUGGGCACGUAACACCGGAAAGAGAAUCCCAGUGAGGAUUCCGCCAGGCAACAACCUGUUAGUCCAGGCCGGGAAACAGCUCGAACACAUUACUGGUGGUUUAAUCCGCGCCGGAUACCAUGAAGUGGUCGUGAACGAUCAGACUUUAGCUGCAAUCGAGAAACGAAAGGCGGAACACCCUGAUCGUCCUCUCAUCCGAAUUUCCUCUACUUUCUUCUGGCAUCUUUCCUCCGACGAAGACCUUUUCCCAAUCCCUGACCUUCUGGAGAAGGCUGCUGCUUUGCGGGACGAACAAGAAUUGCCCACUGUCUACGCGCCAAUGAAAGUUGGCCAACAAGUGCAAGCAGAGUUGAAAGACAUUGCCCUCAUGGCUGAUGCUUAAUUGCUAACGUUAAAUCUACAAGCCAGUGUAUCAACUUUACCUAAAACUUUAACGAGGUCACAUCAAUAAUGUGUA